CCGAGCUGUCACAUUAAAAAGCACGCGUGAGCGUUAGAGUGUUUUAGUGGUCGAACAGUUUGCUUUUGAAAAGUCUUAAAACAAAUUGCGUUUGUCGCCUCUAAACAAAAACAAUUGUAUCGUGAUUGUGAGGUGUUAUCGAGUGGAGACGGUGUGUCACCAUUGGACUAUAAUGAAAUAUAAUUUGCGAAUAGCCGCGAACGGCAUUGCAUGUUUUAAAAUUACAUCGCGUUUUCCACAUUUAUGAGGUGAUCAAUCUGUUGUCGCAACAACAACAAACUUGAUAUUGAAAAUACCGAGUUCCAUAUAAUUGCGUUGCGAAGAAAUUGUAACGAUAGUGCCGGUCUCAUUGAAUUAUUUCUUUGAGAAAAGUUACGUAAACAAAAUCACGCUUGUGGCUCUCUGACAUUUUAACUGUCAGGCAAGAAGAUGAAAUCCCAUCGAGACCGUUUCCAAUCCACGAGUAGCACAGACGAAAAUGAUUCUGGUUCGGAUCAGGAGGAGCACGAGACUGCGUUGCAGCAAUUGGCUGGAAUUGGUAUAAAUCAUCAUGGUGGUAUUGGACCGGUGAGGAAAAGACGCGGAAAUCUGCCGAAGCAUUCAGUCAAGAUUCUGAAGAGAUGGUUGUACGAGCACAGAUAUAACGCAUAUCCGAGUGACGCAGAGAAAAUUACGCUCUCGCAGGAGGCCAAUCUGACUGUAUUGCAAGUUUGCAAUUGGUUUAUAAAUGCAAGACGACGUAUAUUACCUGAGAUGAUAAGACGAGAAGGACACGAUCCGUUGCAUUAUACGAUUUCGAGAAGAGGCAAGAAGUUGGCUAACGUUGGUCCUCUGGGGCCGGAACAGAAUCAGGUUGCUUGGGAAGUUGACCCUUCGGUUGGGGGAAAGAGAAUAAGAUUAGAUCACGACUAUGAUGAGAGUUUGACGUUGCUGUAUAGGUCCGAGGGCGACAGUCCUAACGAGUACGAGAGUUCGAGUCCGAGCGAAGAAGAGAAAUUCAAUCCUUGGCCCGUCAUCAGAUACGGUAUUAGCGGUGGCAAAGAUGCUGCGCAACAUCCGGCCUGCAGAGGUUCCGUCGAAGAUGAGAAAGCGACGGGCGGUGGUGGUGGUGGUGACUAUUGGAGCUCCUCCCAUCCGCAAUUGGCGCAUCUGCCGCAAUUACCGCACCCCCUGACCAAUCCGAAAGUGCAGGUGAUGCCCGCCCAUUCGAUCGGGCCGAUGCUCCCGUCGUCUCCACCACCGACGCCGCCCGAAGGCGAGGACAAGGAUAAGUUCAAAUGUCUGUACUUGCUCGUCGAGACCGCCGUCGCCGUGAGACAACGGGAAAAGGAGCAAGAGGACGUGCAGGUGUAGCCGUAUGAAACUGAGCUAUAUCUCAAUUAUUAUUUUUUUCUUCAAAGUAUCUUUCGCAAUGUGCCUUUAAAAUACCUUUGGUAAAUAUCUUAAUAUGUAAGGUUGAAUAUAGUUCUUACGUGAGUUGUAGUUACAUUUAUGCUUUGUUUAAAAUAUUAUUAUUAUUUUUUUUUUUUUUAAAUAUGAAUUGUUCAUGUUGGAAAUGGCUCUCUCAAUUUUGUCUUAAGUUUUUUUUCUUUUUGCAAU